GUGCUUCCGGGUUGGCAGCACCGGAGGCGGCGGUGGAGCAGAAGCACGGGAGGUGCAGGAACCUCAGCGGCAGGCCCUGCGGAGCUGGAGAGCAGGGAGGGCCUGGCGCGGGUGCGCCCGCCAGGCCGCCGGCUGGGCUGGCCGCGAUCCACACCUCGUCGGAAUCCCCGAGAGAAAAAAUGGCAGAAACAUCAUCAGAGCCUUCUGGGCAGCUUGUUGUACACUCAGACACUCACAGUAACACUGUCCUGGCCAGUUUCGAGGACCAGAGGAAGAAAGGCUUUCUCUGUGACAUUACGUUAAUAGUGGAGAAUGUGCAUUUUCGGGCCCACAAAGCCUUACUUGCUGCCAGUAGUGAAUAUUUCUCCAUGAUGUUUGCUGAAGAGGGGGAGAUUGGGCAGUCCAUUUAUAUGCUGGAAGGCAUGGUUGCUGACACAUUUGGUAUCCUGCUGGAGUUUAUCUACACAGGUUGUCUCCAGGCUAGUGAGAAAAGUACAGAACAAAUCCUGGCUACUGCUCAGUUCUUAAAAGUCUAUGACCUGGUAAAGGCAUACACAGACUUUCAAAAUAACCAUAGCUCCCCUAAGCCCACGACUUUGAACACACCUGGUGCUCCAGUGGUGGUUGUUUCUAAUAAGAAAAAUGAUCCACCGAAGCGGAAACGGGGGAGGCCAAGAAAAGUCAACAGUUUGCAGGAGGGAAAAUCAGAACUGGCUGCAGAGGAAGAAAUACAGCUGAGAGUGAACAAUUCAGUUCAGAACAGACAGAACUUUGUGGUUAAAGAGGUAGACAGUGGUAUACUGAAUGAACAGGCUGCAGCAAAAGAAAUGGAAGAAUCUGAGCCUGCAUGUGAGCCUGGCAAAGGGGAGGGAACGCCCACUGAAAAAGAUGAGAACUGUGAUCCUAAGACGCAGGACGGACAAGACCACCAGACUCGGUACAGCAAGCGGAGGAUUCAGAGAUCCAUCAAACUUAAAGAUUACAAACUUGUUGGGGAUGAAGAAGACGAGGGUUCAGCCAAGAGGGUCUGUGGUAGGAGAAAGCGUCCCAUUGGCCCUGAAGCCCGUUGUAAAGAUUGUGGCAAAGUCUUCAAGUACAAUCACUUUUUAGCAAUCCACCAGCGGAGCCACACGGGGGAGCGACCUUUCAAAUGUAAUGAAUGUGGAAAAGGCUUUACCCAGAAGCACUCCCUGCAGGUCCACACCCGGAUACACACAGGCGAGCGGCCGUACGCCUGCACCGUGUGCAGCAAGGCUCUCACCACCAAGCACUCACUGCUGGAGCACAUGAGCCUGCACUCAGGACAGAAGUCUUUUACCUGUGAUCAGUGUGGAAAAUAUUUCAGCCAGAAAAGACAGCUAAAGAGCCAUUACCGAGUUCAUACAGGCCACUCAUUACCGGAAUGCAACCACUGCCAUCGCAAAUUCAUGGACGUGUCUCAGCUAAAGAAACACCUACGAACACACACAGGUGAGAAGCCAUUUACAUGUGAAAUCUGUGGCAAAUCUUUCACAGCAAAGAGCUCUCUUCAGACCCACAUCAGAAUCCAUCGAGGAGAAAAGCCAUACUCCUGUGGCAUAUGUGGGAAAUCCUUCUCUGACUCCAGUGCCAAGAGGAGACACUGCAUUCUACACACGGGGAAAAAGCCUUUCUCCUGCCCUGAGUGUAACUUACAGUUUGCUCGCUUAGACAACUUGAAGGCUCACUUGAAAAUCCAUAGCAAAGAGAAACAUGCAGCAGAUACCAGCAGUGUUUCCAGCAAUAAUAAUACUGAAGAGGUCAGGAAUAUUCUUCAGCUGCAGCCAUAUCAGCUCUCUACCUCUGGAGAGCAGGAAAUCCAGCUUCUGGUAACCGAUUCUGUACAUAACAUCAAUUUCAUGCCUGGUCCUAGCCAAGGAAUCAGCAUCGUUGCUGCAGAGAGCUCCCAGAACAUGACCACGGACCAGGCUGCUAAUCUCACGCUGCUCACACAACAGCCAGAACAACUGCAGAAUUUAAUUCUUUCAGCUCAACAGGAGCAAACAGAACACAUUCAGAGCCUCAAUGUGAUUGAAAGCCAGAUGGAACCUUCGCAGAGUGAACCAAUGCACGUAAUUGCCCUCUCCAAGGAAACCCUGGAGCAUCUACACGCCCAUCAGGAGCAAACAGGGGAGCUCCAUUUAACAAGUGCUGCACAUCCGGCUCAGCACCUGCAGCUGACACAGGAGUCGGCCCCCUCUCCUCCCAGCCACCAUGUGCCCCAGCCCACGCAGCUGAGCCAGCAGCAGAGCUGACCUGGAAACAUGUUUGAAUGCUCUAUUGGUCUCUCCUCCAUAAGCUAGCUCUAACUGGAUUGUGUGUUUGAAGUCAGGCUUCCUGAAAUGCUCACUUAACAGAUCCUUACAGAGAUGUGAUAGCUAGCUGAGUCAUAACGCUUUCCAUCCCGGCAGCAAGAUGCGUGUACCGUGUCCCCUAUAUAGUACUGACAGGGAUUUAGCAUUUCACUGUCUUUACUUGGGGGUAUUGAUUUAGACUUUUCCAUAAGUACUAAAUGUUCACUGCCAUAAGUUAUGAUCUUGUUGGCCUUUCCAGUUACAGUUUUUAUUUUCUCAGACAAAGGAAGUCAUACGUUAAAUGGGGUAGAAUGACUAGUUCCACUUCCUUAUUUCUCAUAGGCAACACAUUUGCCUCUAUAAGAUAAGUCAGACUCCCAGACAUGCAAUGAUAGUUGAUCUUCAUGAUAAAGAUAGGGCUUUCUUAAUUGCCCUGGAAUAAAAAUCUAAUCAGUGUAAUUUGUGUUAAAUAUGCUUUACUGAAUUCUAAUUUCCCUCCAGAGAUGUUGAUCUGUGUAUUAUGUCUGAUAACUUUCUGGAAAUGGGAACCUGUAAGCUAUUUUUAUUGCAAAGUAGGUUAAAUCCCACAAAAUGGACAUGUUAUUUUUAAAAGUAAGUGUUUUCACGUAAGUAGCCAGCAUGCAUCUAUUAUUAUUAUUAUACGAUUUUAGAUAACUGUCAGAAGAUUAAAAGAUGUUUGGUUUAGGUUUUUCCAGCCCAGCAUAUUUUAUUUUAUUGACUACUUUGACUGCUUCUUCUCAAGAAAACUGGUAGAGAAUUUUUGAGAAGAGAGGGUGGGCACUGGUGUAAAUUAACGGUGCUGGUGGGGAGUGUGGGUGAUCUGUCCUAAAAUGAACAGGCUCACAUCAGUUACUUGUUUUCUUGUUUUAGACGUCUUUGAUUUCCACCUAAAUCAAAUUAAGUUUGGAGGUUAAAGUAAUUCAGAAUUGUUCAGGUGUGAGAGAAGAUGAAAGCCUUUUUCUAACAUAUUUGCCAAAAUAUGUUUUAUUGUAUAUAAUUAACAAAAUUUCCAGAAUGAUUUAUCUUACAUGUAUCAACCAAAGUAAUGUUAAAUUGGACCUGACUAGAGCAAAAGUAUAAUUUUUGCAAAUACAGUUAUGCCUUAAAUAUUAUUUCAGAUUCUUGCCUUAGUCAUUUAAACUAUUUUCUUAACCUUAUUCUUAAAAUGCAAAGCUUUUCCCAGCUUUUCAACGCCUACUGGCCCACAUUUUCUCCAGGAUAUAAAUAGUAUUCCACUAUUGGGUUGGCCAAAAAGUUUGUUAGUACUUAGUUGUUUUUAAUUUCAUUGAAAACAGUUUUGUCAGUUUAUAGUGUGACAAAUGUCAUAUCAGUGUGCAUUUAAAAAAAGUGUAACCAAAAUUGAUUCAUUUUUUUGUAGCCAUUUUAAUAUUGAAGAUGGAAGAAAAUAUGCAACAUUUUUGACAUAUUAUGCUUUAUUAUUUCAAGAAAAGUAAAAACACAACUGAAAUGCAAGAAAAAAGAUUUGUGUGGUGUAUGGAGAAGGUGCUGUGAUCAAAUGUGUCAAAAGUGGUUUGCAGAGUUUCUUGAUACUAUUGACAUUUUGGCCAAAUACUUCUUUGCUGUGAGGCUGUUUUAUGCAUUGGAAGAUGUUUAGCAGCACCCCGGCAUCUGCCCACUAAAAACCAAUAUUGGGAGAUAGCUGACAGCCUCAGAAUAUCCAAAUGAAUAAAGUUAUCAGUGAAAGUGAAAAAUGUGUCUUUUUUUAAUGGAAAAAACUAAACGGACUUUUCGGCCAACCCAGUAAAUGAAUUUUGAACUACUCGCUGUAGAUAUAUGGUCAGUCAUAUGACUGUUUUUAAGUCACAUUUAGCUUUAUGACAGUCUACCUCUCUGCUAAGAAAUUUAAUGUGAACCACAUGUGUAAUUUUAAAUUUCUAGUAGCCAGAAAUAAAACAAAGAGGUGAAUGAAAUUAAGUUUAAUAAAAUAGUUUAUUUAAUCCAACAUUUGCAAAAUAGUAUC